CUUGACGGCAACGGGGCGGCCGCUGCCCGGGGAGCCCCGCCUCGGCCGCGGCGCGGAGCCCCGUGGAUUAUCCAUUAGAAAGAACUCCGAAGGCAUAUUCCGUCUCCCGAAAUUUUCAAAUGAAGAUAUGAUCCCGUUUUGGAUGUUGUAGCCAAGCUCAAGUUACCAAGGUUAGGAGUUGACUAUGGGAGUGCAAUUCCUGCGGAAGGCAUCGGUGUGGGUAAAGAAGCGCAAGAUCACUUUGUUGGCUACUUCUUGCGUGGGACUGUUUGGCGCUAACCUUUCCUAUCAUGUGUUUCCUGAGCAGACGUUCAAACUGUUGCAUGAGUGCUGGUCAGAUGGGCAGCCAGCUGAGCUUUCACAGAGGCUCAGUGGUGUCUUUCAGGAUGUCCUUCAAGAUACUGAUGUGAAGUCCACUGACUCCUAUCGAGCUUUUGCAGCUUCUGGCUUCCACCCAGUCAGUGCUGGAAUCCCCUGGCUGCCUGCGGGUUCUUUGGUGGGCAUACCUCCUAAUUUUGAUAGCACAGCUGAGGACAAAAAAGGAAUAGUCAACCACGUUGUUGUGAUCAAUGGCAAAGAGGUAGACUGGGAGAGCAACGAAGGUGUUGCUUUGAAGGAAGCUCUGACAUUUUCACUUGAAGCACAGAAGUUUGCAAUUGCCAGAGAGGUUGUGUAUUUGCAGAACAGCAGCCCUUUAGCAAGGGCAGUUGUGGCUCCAGUUUGUUUAGCUGGUACGUGUCUCUGUGGGGUAGGUAUAAAGAUAGCUCUGGGUUUAUCUGCUGGCCCCACGAUACUUCGCAGCAUCUGUAACCUCACAGUUGCCGCCGCUGGACUAAUCUUCUACUACGUUUGUUAUGAUGCUGUGACCUAUUACCUAGACUGCAAGGCUGACAGAAAUGCAGCUACUGUUUCCAAAGACUAUGCCAGAGGUGGGGUGGAAUUCUAUGAUAAAAUCUUGUCCCGCAACAGAAUUCUUCGUGCUCUGAUGGGCAAAGAAGGGAUGAAAAUGUAUGCCCCAAGUGGUAACCUUUUCCCAAGGCACUGGUUCAGAAUAAAGUAUACCCCGUACACUUACCGAAGAGAUUUGAUUGUUAAUAUUUUAAGAGAGCUUCAGGCAUAGGAAGGGAGUGCUUGAAUUUUAAACUUGUGAAUUAUGUAUUCUCUUGGAACACUGCUGUGCUGCCUUUUUUUUUCCUCUGUAUCUUCAUUAGAAUUUUGGGGUUUAUUUUUGCAUAUAGUUCAGAAAGAGUUAUUGCACAUUCUGUGAAUAAAGAAUUCUUUCUUAAAAUAUUAAAGACUUGCUUCAAAAGUG